AUGAUGAUGGAGUCCAGUAUCAACAGCGCAACAAUCUUACCACCCUACGAAGAAGAAUUCGAACCAGUUGAUAAUCUUCAUUGGUCUCCAGAAACAGCAAACAGCAUUUAUUUGUUUUGGAUAAACCAGCUUCAAGCAUCGAUGCUUAUUGUUCAAUACGGAGGCAGAGACAAGAAACAUACACAACAAAUUGUUGGAAGCUUUUUAAUUGGUUUAAAUGCACCAAAACACGCAAUUUGUAGAGGAAGGUCUGAUUCAAGAGCCUGCAAUGAAAAUUUUCCCAACUCCCACAUUGUUUUGCCUGAUAAAACCACAGUUAAGAAUAGUGUGGGAAAAUGUAUUCGACCUAAUGUAUGUGAAUGUAAACAGGAAGGGUUUUAUUCAGCUGGUUCAUUUUGUAAUAUCUGUUCACCUAUCAAUAACUGUGAUCUGGAAUAUUGUACAACUAAAACUAACCAGAGAUGUCGGAGAUGUGAAGGAUUGGUAGCAGAUAAAUCGUGGUAUCGAGCUUAUAUUAUAUCGACGGAUAAAAGAUUGUGUAUAAAGUCGUGUUCAUGGAGACCAGACAGUAGAUGUUAUCCCGGUACAUGUCGAGAUGAGCUGUUUUCAAAUUGUUAUUGUUCUGUUGGCUUUACUGGAACUCAUUGUAAUAGAAUUACUGCUAUCCCUGAUAUUUUAUACAAUCAAGUGACAUUAAGUGCUGAUAAUGGAGAAACUGUUGAUGCUCCUGAUGGCCGAAAUGGAGUCAAAACACAGACCGUCAGUUGUACCACCAUCAGGAAAGAUAAUCCUAAUCAAGGUUUAUUGGAUUGUACUAAAACCAUAAAACGUACAUUCCCGGUUCCCUUCCAACAUCUAGAACAACUGUCUUUCAAAAUAACAACAACUAUUGGAGGAUUUGUGAAGAUAAAAAAUUUAGAAAGAAAUGUCUACAACACCUACUACUACACACCAAACUCACUGUCACGUGCAUUUGAGAUUAAAUUUGACAAUGUACCACCGUACCAUUGUCAACCUGUCGACAAUUGUAAACUUACCAUGUUAACUGAUAUUGACAUAACUAAGAAGGUAGAAAAUACGGUUUAUUGGGACGGUUGGAUUGGCGAAGAUUCUGGUAUAGCUAAAUAUGAAUUAGAAAUAUUCAGCAUGAAGUCGGUAGGAAAUGAACUAAUUAUAGACAAACGAAUAUUCGACACGGAAACUACAUUGAAGAGCCAACAAUUUAAUUUAACAGUACCAGGUGUAUAUUCUGUUAUACUUGCUGCAGUAGAUAAAGCUGGUAAUAUUAGACUUGCUAGACGAUGUUUGAUAUUCGAUGAUAACAGUCAGGAAAAUAGGUAUAUUAAUACUAAACAUCAUAAUGGUAAAUAUCUAGCUGGAAUCCAGGAUUAUCAUGGUCUAGAUCCAGAAUAUGAUGAUCAUUAUGGAAUAAGAACAAAAAAACACAUUGAUAAUGUUCAAGGAAUAGUACGUUAUGAAACAUAUUAUGGGAUAGAUGACCAAGGAGGUUCUACCAUUCAACCAACAGAUACUGAUUUUACUACUACUGGUAACUUGAACCAAUCUAUAACAAUUUCUCCUACAUUACAAGAUGGCGACACUGUUAAAUUUUAUAUAAGAGCUUAUGAUAUAGUAGAUUUCUACCUGGAAGAAUCCACCACAGUAUAUUUUGAUAUGUCGCCACCUGUUAUAAAAGAUCUAUGGUUAACUAAAGGAGAUAAAGUAGAUUUAGCUGUACAUGGAUUUCAAGAUUUCGAUAAACUUGUAAUAGAAUGGAUAGCUUAUGAUCUACACAGUGGAUUAGAAACAGUGGAGUGGAAACUUUAUGAUAAUUUUACUGGUGAUGUUAUAUUACAUGGUUCACAACAUAUACCAGUACAAGGCGAAGCACAGACUCGUAAAGAAUGUGAAGAGAAAUAUCAAAAUUCACCCCGAGGAUCUUGUUAUUGUUAUUGUACACCUGCUGUUGGUUGUUAUCUUCAACAUUUUCAAGUUAAACCUGGUGUAUCAUUAGAUGAAGGGACUGGAUUGAUUCAAGGAAAACAUCAAGGUGUACAUGAUUAUGAUUAUUAUAUUGAAGUUUAUGUUAUGAAUAAUGCUAAAUUAUAUUAG